GAGAGAGAGAGAGAGAAUCGCCAUGUUUCUCCUCAUCAUUCCUGAAACACACUCAGCGGCGGCGGGCAGAUGAGAGAGAAUCACCCCGUCACCCCGCAUCCACACCACCACCACCAUUCUCCUCAUCUUCACCCCAUCACCAUCAUCUGACGGACUUCAUCCUCCUGGCAGGACUUACUUUUUGAGGAAAUAUUCAUGGGAAAGGGCUGAGGAAAACUUAAGUGACACUCAAUCGGUGCCUUUGGAGAACUUCGCUAAACUCACUUUUUUGCGGAUAUAAACACAACUUAUCCAUCUUUUCCACACAUGUAAUGCCUUAAUAUCACAUUUGGGGGGCGUGUCAUGUUAUUUCUGUUGGUUUUGAGAAGAAUUCUCUUUGAGGACGAGCUAAAAUCUGUUAGCCUGUUAGCCGAACGUCUUUAUUAGCCGGAUCAUUAGCAUCAGUUAUUUUAACCCGUUAAAGUUGAACAAACUGGGGAUAUUUUAAACUUUAUAUACUUGACAUGGUUUGACACUAGUAUUUGUUAAUAUUAAUACACGAUUUUUGUAUUUAUAUGAGAAAAAAAAACACUUAAGAUACAUUGUGUCGUGAGAAUGUUGUUAGCUGGUUAGCUUGAGUAGCUACAGAAAAGGCACUUAAAUAUCUGUAAAUUAAUAUUUACAAAACGCAAGAUAUAAAUGACUGUUUUACACAGAAGGGCAAGGACUUUUUUUUUGAUAAAUGCUUAAAUUGUCUUUUCCCAUCUCAUUUGCUGGUUUGUUUAUUUUUCACUGAAAGAUGUAGUGAGUAAGUUUUAUUUGUGUAUGAAAUUAAAAUUAGUUUUGAGUUUACUGCAGUUUUGUAACUGCAUUUUACUGUGAUGAUGGGUGGGCUAUUUUUAUAGCUAUUUACAGAUCCCAUCCAGAGAAUAUCUGCAUCGAUUUUAAUAACAUUACACUACAUUUUUUGGACUGACAUUCGUUCUGAACCAUGUCUGGAGAAGUGCGUUUGAAAAAGCUGGAAAAACUGAUCCUGGAUGGUCCUGUUCAGUCUAAUGGACAGUGUUUUAGUGUUGAAACUCUUCUGGAUGUUCUCAUCUCCCUUUAUGAUGAGUGCAUUAAUUCCCCACUCAGAAGAGAGAAGAACAUUGCUGAGUUUUUGGAUUGGGCCAAACCGUUUACCUCUAAAGUGAAACAGAUGCGAUUGCACAAAGAGGACUUCGAGAUACUGAAGGUCAUUGGUCGAGGAGCUUUCGGUGAGGUAGCAGUUGUAAAGGUGAAGAGUUCAGACAAGGUGUUUGCCAUGAAGAUCCUCAACAAGUGGGAAAUGCUGAAAAGAGCAGAGACGGCGUGUUUCCGGGAGGAACGGGACGUGCUGGUGAAUGGGGACAGUCAGUGGAUCACCACCCUGCAUUACGCCUUUCAGGAUGACAACUUCCUGUACCUGGUGAUGGAUUACUACGUGGGUGGUGACCUCUUGACUCUUCUCAGCAAGUUUGAGGACCGUUUACCAGAGGACAUGGCCCGAUUCUACCUGGCGGAGAUGGUUCUGGCGAUCGAUUCUGUACAUCAGCUGCACUAUGUUCACAGAGACAUCAAGCCAGAUAACAUUCUUAUGGAUGUGAAUGGACAUAUUCGACUUGCAGAUUUCGGCUCCUGUCUUAAACUCAGGGAGGAUGGAACGGUGCAGUCGUCUGUCGCUGUGGGCACUCCAGACUACAUCUCUCCAGAGAUCCUGCAGGCUAUGGAGGACGGGAAAGGGAAAUAUGGCCCGGAAUGUGACUGGUGGUCACUGGGUGUCUGCAUGUAUGAGAUGCUGUAUGGGGAAACUCCUUUCUAUGCAGAGUCCCUGGUGGAAACAUAUGGCAAGAUUAUGAACCACAAGGAGCGGUUCCAGUUCCCUGCCCAUGUGACAGACGUCUCGGAAAAUGCCAAAGACCUGAUCCGUAGACUCAUCUGCUCCAGAGAGCACAGGCUGGGUCAGAACGGCAUUGUGGACUUCAAACAGCACCCCUUCUUUUCUGGCAUUGACUGGCAGAACAUCCGCAACUGUGACGCCCCCUACAUCCCUGAAGUCAGCAGCCCAUCUGACACAUCAAACUUUGACGUGGAUGAUGACUGCCUCAAGAACACAGAGACAAUGCCGCCUCCUUCUCACACCGCCUUCUCAGGACACCAUCUCCCAUUUGUAGGUUUCACCUACACAAGUAACUGCACGCUGUCUGACCGUGGCUGCCUGCGGGAGUCUGUGGCACCUACGCAGAUGGACGUGGGUGUGCAGCGCGGCCUGGAGGACAGUCUGGCUACUGAGGCGUACGAACGGAGGAUCCGCCGUCUGGAGCAGGAAAAACUGGAGCUCAGUCGCAAACUACAAGAGGCCACAAAAACGGUUCAAGCUCUGCAGUACUCCAGCGGGGACGGGCCCGUUUCCUCCACCAGAGAGUUUGAGAUCCGUGGACUGAAGGAGGAGAUAGAAAUGCUAAGGAAACAAAUCGCAGAUACAGGACAGGUGGAGCAGCAGUUAGAACAGGCCACUUCUGCCCGCAGGGAUCUGGAAGACUCCUCUAAACAGAUCCGAUCUCUAGAGAAACAGCUCAAGAACAUGAAGCAGGAAAGAGAUGACCUGCAGAAGGGCAUGCAUGACUCCUUAGAGAAGCUUAAAACUCAGGGGAAGGAGCUGAAAGAGGCAGACAGCCAGAGGAAAAUGGCCAUGCAGGAGUUUGCUGAAGUGAGCGAGAAGGUGACGGAGCUGCGGUCACAGAAGCAACGACUUUCCAGACAGCUUCGGGACAAAGAGGAGGAGAUGGAUUCCCUCAAUCAGAAGGUGGAAGCACUUCGGCUGGAUGUGCGCAAAGCCGAGAGGGCCAAGAAAGAGAUGGAGGCCCAGGCUGAAGAGUGGUCUGCUGAGUCUCAGAAAGAGAAGAAGUUGAGGGAACGGAGUGAGCAGUACAGCAGACAGCUGGAAGAAGAGCUUGAGGGAAUGAAGCAGAAGCAGGUGGGCCGUUCUCCAAGCGUUGGGACUUCUGAGCAGCACCAAGAGCUCAGUAAAUUACGAGCAGACCUGGAGAAGAAGACUGUGUUCUAUGAGGAAGAGCUGUCACGAAGGGAACUACAACAUGCCAACGAACUGAAGAACUUGAAGAAGGAGCUGCGAGAAGCUGAGGGACAGCAGCUCACCUUGAAGAAAGAGAUCAUGAUGCUCAAAGACAAGCUUGAGAAGACCCGCAGAGAGAGUCAGAGUGAACGAGAGGAGUUUGAGACCGAGUACAAACAGAAGUACGAAAGAGAGCGAGUGCUGCUGUCAGAGGAGAACAAGAAACUUUCCAGUGAACUUGACAAGAUGAUGUCCUCGUUUGAGAAGUUGAGCAACAGUAACAAACAGCUGGAGGAGGAGAUGAGAGAACUGGCUGAUAAGAAAGAGAGUGUGGCUCACUGGGAAGCCCAGAUCACAGAAAUCAUUCAAUGGGUCAGUGAUGAGAAAGAUGCUCGAGGAUAUCUGCAGGCUUUGGCUACUAAGAUGACAGAAGAACUGGAAGGCCUGAGGAACACCAGUCUGGGUGCACGUGCUACUGACAUGCCAUGGAAGGUGAGACGUUUUGCUAAGCUGGACAUGUCUGCCCGUCUGGAGCUGCAGUCUGCACUGGAUGCCGAGAUUAGAGCCAAACAAACCAUCCAGGAUGAGCUCAACAAAGUCAAGGCAUCCCAUAUGGACACUGAGUGCAAACUGGAGGAGUUGGAAAAGACAAACCAGGACCUGCAGGCAGAGAUCCAGAGGCUGAAACAGGAAACUGAGAAUUUGCGAUUGUCUAAAGGUGUCAAGCACCAAGACUCCCAGAAUUCCUUCCUGGCUUUCCUCAAUGCUCCGACCUCUGCCCUGGAUCAGUUUGAUCGCUCCACUGCCUGUGGGCCGGCCGCCAAAGGCAGACGUAUUGAUUCUAUCGAUAACUUCAGCCUGUCCAACACACCAUCCCGGGAGGAAGAUGGAAGAUCCCAGGUCACGUCACACUCUCGAUCACCUUCAACUACCAGCGAUACAGAGUCUCACGAGCAGGUAGAUCAGCCACAAAGAGGUGCACAAACUGUCAUUCGAUCAGGAUACAGUAGCUCUGGUCACAGCACACCUAAACCAAAGGCCCAUCAAUUCGUGGUGAAGACCUUCAAUACGGCCACUAAGUGUAACCAGUGUACGUCUCUAAUGGUGGGAAUCAUUCGACAGGGCUGUACGUGUGAAGUCUGUAAUUUCUCCUGUCAUGUGACGUGUGCGGACAAAGCUCCUGCUGUAUGCCCGAUCCCACCGGAUCAAACCAAAGGACCGCUGGGUAUCGACCCCCAGAAAGGCAUCGGCACAGCUUAUGAGGGCCACGUCAAGGUGCCUAAACCAUUAGGUGUGAAGAAGGGGUGGCAGAGGGCCAUUGCUGUAAUCUGUGACUUCAAACUCUUCUUAUAUGAUCUCCCAGAGGGCAAAGCUGCUCAGCCUGGUGUCACGGUGAACCAGGUUAUUGACAUGAGGGAUGAGGAAUUUUCAGUUAACCCAGUUUUGGCAUCAGAUGUCAUUCAUGCAAACAGGAAGGACAUUCCCUGUAUCUUCAGGGUGACAGCAUCACAGCUCUCCUCAUCCAGCAAUAAAAAAUGCUCCAUCUUGAUCCUGGCUGACAGCGAUCAGGAAAAAACCAAGUGGGUUGGCCUGCUGAACGAGUUGCACCGCCUCUUGAAGAAGAGCAAACUUAAAGAGCGCUUUGUUUACGUCCCUAAAGAGGCGUAUGACAGCACACUUCCUCUCAUCAAAACCACACAGUCUGCUGCUAUUAUAGAUCAUGAGAGGAUAGCCCUGGGCAAUGAGGAAGGGCUGUUCGUUAUUCACGUUACCAAAGAUGAGAUUAUCAAGGUAGGAGAUAAGAAGGUCCAUCAGAUUGAGCUGAUCCCGUCAGAACAGUUGAUUGCCGUGAUAUCGGGUCGAAACGGCCACGUGCGACUCUACCCAAUGACGGCCCUGGAUGACCGUGAUGCCCGUGAUUCUGAUUUCUGCAAGAUAGCAGAGACCAAAGGCUGCCAAACUCUGGUUUCAGGCACGAUCAGACACGGAUCUCUCACAUGCCUUUUUGUGGCCAUGAAAAAAUCUGACAAGGUGUUCAUCUAUGAGCUUAAUAAGAGCAAAACACGCCAUCGUAAGCUGCGGGAUAUCAUCGUCCCAGCAUCCGUGCAAUGGAUGGGUCUUCAGGGUGACAAGCUUUGCGUGGGCUUCCAGUCCGGGUUCCUACGCUACAAUCUUCAGGGGGAUGGAACUGUCAAUAGCCUCCUUCACCCUGACGAUCACACCCUGGCCUUCAUCGAGCAGCUGAGCCUGGAUGCUCUCUGUCUCGUAGAGAUCUCCAGUAAAGAGCUGCUCUUGUGCUUUAGCAGUAUUGGUGUGUAUGUUGACUGCCAGGGCAGACGUUCACGACAACAGGAAUUGAUGUGGCCGGCGAAACCCACCACAUGCCGUUAUAAUGCACCUUAUCUGUCAGUGUAUAGCGAGAAUGCAGUGGAUGUAUUUGACGUCAACACUAUGGAGUGGAUUCAAACGAUGCCUUUGAAAAAUGUUCAUCCUCUGAACGCAGACGGCUCCCUAAACCUGUUAGGGCUGGAGACCGUACGGCUCAUCUACUUUAAAAACAAGACAGCAGAGGGAGAUGAGCUGGUGGUGCCAGAGACAUCUGAUAACAGCCGUAAACAGAUGGUGCGCAGUGUGACGAGUAAACGCCGCUUUUCUUUCCGCGUGCCGGAGGAGGAGAGGGUUCUGCAGAGGAGGGAGAUGCUGAGAGACCCAGAAAUGAGGAAUAAGUUAAUUUCAAACCCAACAAACUUCAACCAUGUGGUUCAUAUGGGCCCAGGAGAUGGGAUCCAGAUCCUGAAAGAUCUGCCAAUGCCUGGUUCUCCUCUCCCCUCUCCUCGUCUGCGCCUCAUCUCCACCCCUACCAGCUUUGAGCAUGUCUAUCACAUGACUGUCACCUCUGCUGACAACUUCCUGUCCCAGGACUCCUCCCCUCUCUCCUCCCACUCCCUGUCCCUCAGCUCCGCCCCUGGGACCCCUGCUUCCAUCUGCUCUCUGAAUGUGCGCCCUCAGGAGAGCCGUGGUGUCCUGGGAGCAUCCGUCAGUAUCCCCUCCAUCAGCAAGGCCAGGCCUGAACCGGGACGAUCUAUGAGUGCCAGCAGUGGUCUCGGCACACGCUCCACCUCUCAAAAUGGAAGUGCACUGAGACGGGACUUUUCAGUUGGCAACUACGGUUCCACCAAACGUCAGAUGACAUCACCCUCUGAUGGCUCGCUCUCAUCCGGAGGGGGCAUGGACUGCGGGGGUGACGCCCCUCUCUCCCAGUUUGACAGAGAGUGGCCAGGAGUGUCACCCACAGAGAAGACCCCUGAUCUGAAAAGGGCUUUAAGGACCCUGCUUAGUAAGCUAAAGGAUUCAGACUCUCCACGUCACUCCACGGCCUCCAACAGCUCCAACCUGAGCAGCCCACCGAGCCCUUCAUCCCCACACAAGAGCAAGACUCAAUCUCUGGAGCGAGGCGAGCACCUCGGCUGGGAGACAUGAGCUAAGCCUCUACCCAUUUCUUUCUAACAUCCUCUUCUACGACAGAGAGUCACGCAUUUAACGGAGACUCCUUAUAUGUUAUUUUCCCAAACACACCGCUGGGGCCAGGUGCGUGUGUUUGCGUGUAUUAGUGUGCAUAUGCAUUACACGUGAUUGUUUUACACGCACAUUACCGUGCACCUUACAUCGCUUUUGAGUGGACCCAUCGCCACUGUUUCUGUUCCUCUGUUGAAUGGGGAAACAGUCCACUGAGAGUAGCUCAACACUCACCGCCACAGGUGUGGAGGGGGUCGAAAAAGGCAAACACACAGCUUUAACAUGAAUUUAUCAGUGUUUGCUGACAACAGCAUCAAGUGUGCCUCAUUUAAUGCAAGAAUAUGCAUUCAAGUCUUAAUUGAUCGGGGAGGGAUGUUACUUUAACACAUAACGCUAACAUGGAAAACUGUUCCUGCCAUUCCAAUCAGUGUGAUAAAACGAGAACACUUCAAUUGAGUUGAGUCCCGAUAGAUAGAGCGCCCCCCAGCUGUGGCACUACUGUAUUACUCAGCUUCUACCCUACAGUGCCAUGCCGACCUUCACGUUCAGAGGUCAGAGUUCAAGAAUAGAUUCUGAGUUCAAUAAUGUAAAUAGAGUUUAAGUAGAGUAUAAUAUAUAAUGAAAUCAUAACACUAUUCUGUUGUUAAAUAAGUGUGACUUGGCUUUGAGAGAGUCUUCUUUCCUUUUUAUUUUCUGUGUCAAUCAUGCAGACUUUUUAUGUAAAUCUAAGCAUUAUUUUGUCAAGAUAUGCUAGUCUUUUGUAAUUCCAUAAAUUCCAUUGUUGAGAUGAAAAGAUUUGCAAGGGAACACUACAAAAAGUAUUGGGGCCUCAUCCAUGAAACACAAGGAGAACAAUAUAUUUGUGUAAAUCAUUCAUAAAGCCAUUCUUAUGUAGAUUUUGUCCACUUGUUUGUUGUUAACAUUAACAAGCCUGCAGUGAAAUGACACGUUGUAUUGAAUGGUAAAAAACAUUCUUGUUUAAAGAUGAAAUUGCUCAUAAAUUCUGUGCAUACACAACAUAUUUCACGCUGAAUUGAAAAUAUUUAACAUUUUAACAAACAGAUGUAUGAAUGUUUUCUAAGAACGAUUUACACAAAUUCAAUCUGCUGUUGUUUCAUGAAUGUUGUUGCAUGAUGUGCAAGAUCCAACGUUAUAUCGCUAAAUACAUGAACUCUCCAAACGCAUACAAUCCCACGUGAUCAUUAAUAAGCUGUUGUGCUGAAUGUAACAGAUUCACUGCAGCCUUGUUUGUGUUAGUCUUGCCUACAUUUGUGCUUCACGAAGCAAUAAUGCUGUUUCCAAAGAGUUUUUAUUCUUUAAUUAUUCAUAAUUAUUAUUUUAGUAUUUUGUUUUUAUUUUCAGUGUUUGUUUGUUUUUUUCCAACUCGCAAGAACCAAAUUUUGCCUAAAGUGUACAUGUGAAUAUAACAUGUAGUGUAAGCUAUACCACUAGUUUCAGAGCAUUUAAUGUUUGUGUGACAUGGAAAAACACUAAACUCGUCAGGUGAAGCAUUCAAAGGGCUUCAACGCUUUGCCUCUUAAUACUUCCUGCAGCUCAUAAUGACACAGCAGGGACUGCAAGGACCAGCGGGAGAUUAGGUCAUUUGAUAUUGAAAUGAAUUCAGCAAGGACGUACAAAAAAAGCUGCUGUUUUAAAUGUGCAGGGCCACGACUAUCAAACACCCCUGAACCUCAAAAUACCUCAGAUUAGAGAGCCAAGCCAUUACGACUUAACAGAACCUCAUCACUGCGACAAUUUUAGCUGUCCCUCUGUCCAAUUUCAUGCACUAAACGGGCAUGUAUUAUUCACACGCACUACUGCUCGCUUUCGCAAAGCAUAUUUGUCAGAUUUGCUAAAAUGAGAAAUGGAUUUCAGCCAUUCCUUUUAAAACAAAUUUUGCAGAUGAUUGUACAUCUGUACACUGUUCAGAAUUCCCAAAUAUUCCAGGUUGUUCCUAGGAAAAGCUCACUUGAAUAUAAAAAUGUAUAUCAUUUACUCACCCGCAUGUUGUUCCAAACCUUUGAUUAAAUUUCUCCUGGGAAAGUGAUGUUUAGGCAGAAACGUUGAUGCGGUUCUUUUCCUUGCAGUGCAGGAGUAUAUAUUUCUUCGUACUUGCAUUGUCAAUGUCUGAUGUUAAAAUUGCUGACAUUAAAAACGCAUUGCAGUUCACGGUUGCUCAAUAUAAUGCUAAAAAUAUGAUAAAAAGAGAAAAUCAUAUGGGUUUGUAAUGACAGCUUUUUAAUUUUUGAGUGAGCUUUUAAUGUUUGCUGAAAUAAAUGAGUGAACUCAGUAUUGAAGCACACACAAUACAGAAAUAGUUCAAGUUUUGUGCAUAUGUACCUGUGGUUUUAUUAAUUCUAGUAUUGCCAGCAUUUUCUAUUUUCCAUUAUAUGCAAGCACUAUUGAAACCUUCACUGUGGACCAGUCCAGCAAACUCGGCACAUGUUUUUUAAAUCAAGCGCUCACUCUUGCAAACUUUGUGGUGUUGCUCGGGACCUUAGUUUUGCGUUUGCUCUAUUCCAUGAUCAUGUUUAUUUCUAAACAGAAACUAAUAUUCAUAAUACAGGUUGUAACGGGUUAGAAACAAUUUGCCAGGGUUAUGGUAUUAACAUGAACAGGAAACCUGUUUGAAAUGAUCUCAGGUAUGUCAGAACCAAUGAUUAUAUGUUUGCAUGGAGGAUCAAGAUUGUAGAAAUGACAGACAUCCAGAUCUAUGGGUUGUUUGAUAUUUAGGACUGUUACUUAGCAAUGAAUAGAUCAAUAUUAGAGCGGGAGGUGCCUUAGUUUUUUAGAUCGGUGUGAACUGGUCAAUGUAGGUAGAAUGGACUAGAAUGUGAGGAGACGACUGGAGAUUUUUAAGACACAUUCACACAUUUGCAUGCAUUUCACGUGAGGAUCUUGUUUGCCUUGUUAGUGAAUUGCUACUUCAUAUCAUAUCGUUGUUGUUUCUUCUCGAUUUUUGUAAGACUAUGUACAGAUUUGCAUGUCGUAGGUGUAAUCACUUGUUUUAAGAACUGUACGGCUGGAUUUUUUUUUUUUUUUUAGUUGGUUUUAUUUUUAUUGUAUUUUAUUGACCUGUGUGGCGUGAAUGCUUGGGAUGUGAAAAUGAAUUACCCCAUACUGCAAUGUAGACCUUUUUCUUAUUUUUUUUUUUUUGCACAAAUGUAUUUAAGGUGGAAUACUGUUAUUUGUAUUGGUUUGGACACCACUUUUCACAUGGAAAGCUCAUUAUCUGACUAUUUCAAUAAAAUGGGGAACUACAAAACACA